CCUCGUUUCCCUGACGGCCUCGUCCCAAGCAUCUUAUCCCUACCUCCUGUGGAGGAGGAGCGCCCUAACCCUAAUGGGCUCCUAGGGCGGAGGAGGAACAGAUGGAAGCGCUGGAUGACGAGGAGCUCCAAAGGGCUUUUCGGAUGAGCUUGCAGCCUGGGCCGGAGGCAAAGCGAACCAAGUCGCGGGACACCACUGCCGAGGCGCCCGACGAAGCAUCGCAACGCAGGCUCCAGCGAGAGAUCCGGGCCGCUGCUGCCGAGAAGCGGAGGCUGUCCGCGGCUGGAAACCCGACUCCUUCCAUCACGAGGGAGCUGGAAGGCUCUGGUAAUGCUGCUGCUACUCCCCCCUCUUCUUCCAGUUGCAGUUCCAGCAACACCAAAGCUGGAGAAGAGCUGCCUCUUCCUGUUGCUGAGCAGUUACACCAAAUGGUUUUUGGGCCUCAGGUCACCAGGGAAGUCCUUGCGCAGUGGUGCAACCAAGGAUUCAGGUUUAGCUCCGACCUGGAGACAUCACUGGGACUCGUACAGCAUGAGGGUGGUCCUUGCGGCGUGCUCGCAACCAUUCAGGCCACCCUGCUCAAGUAUCUUCUCUUCGUGCCUAACAAGCGAGAUGCUUCCCAGCUUGAAUUCCAGGACUCCGAACGAACCAGUGCGCUGAUUCAAGCGAUGGCUGAGACGCUAUGGCGAGCAGGAGGAAACCAAAGAGCUGUGCUGGCUGUUAUGGACAUACCAGACGCUAGCGAGGAAGAGCAAGACAGAGUUUUGGAAAGCGUGGCUCUGGAUUCGGCCACCGGACUGCGCGAAGCUGUUAGAAUAUGCACAGUCUUGUCACUGUCUACCCUUUAUCAGCAAAUCCAGGAGAGGAUUGCUGGGUUCAGGAGUCGUAUGGGUGCUCUCUUGUUUCUCUUCUCGGCACUGCUAUCAAGGGGCCUGGACGCUGUCCAGUCGGACCGGGAUGAUCCAGUUCAACCUCUGGUUACUCCUCCAUUUGGUCAUGCAUCUCAGGAGAUUGUAAACCUGCUGCUCUGCGGCCAGGCUGUUGCAAAUGUGUUUGACGGGAACUACGACCUUGGGGGUGGCAUGAGCCUCAAGGGAAUCCCGUCCAACGUGGAAGUGGGAUUUUUAACUCUGCUAGAGUCUCUCAACUUCUGCAAAGUUGGUCAGUACCUGAAGCGACCAAAGUGGCCAAUCUGGGUGGUAGGCAGCGAGUCCCACUACACGGUCCUUUUUGCUCUUGACACGGGCGUUCAAGACGAGAACGAGGUCGAGGCUAGGGAGUUUACCAUCCGUAGGGCGUUUGAUGCCCAGGAUCAAAGCGGGGGAGGAGGAUUUAUUAGCCUGGAGGCACUACAGCAGGUUCUAAUCGACACCAACGUUGACAUGCCACAGCAGGUUCUAGACAAUCUUUGCAGCAGUGACAUCGUGAUCUGGAACGACUUGUGGCAAAGCUUGAUGCACCUUGAAAAGAGUAGAGGCGGCCUCAAAGACGAAGAGGGGUCAAUGGGGAAGAAGUACUUUGAGUUGUAUCACUUCAACGGUAUCGCGAAGACUGUAGCGGGCAGCAGCGGCAGCAGCAGUGCAGGCGCGGCAGACGUGAUGCAGCAGAGGCCAAGACUGACCAAGCUCAAGGUUGCUGUUCCUCCGAGGUGGACACCAGAGUCCAUGAUGACCGUGGAAGGGCCUGCAGUAGAGGAGAACACGCAGAGUGAUGACAAGAGAGAGGAACCGGCUCAGCAUGCGCCGUUGACCGACUGCAUCCGGACGAGAUGGCAAAGGGCAACGUCGAACUGGACUGGCGAUCCCCCAAGCAUCGUGUGACAAAUUUCAUGAUCCCUCGAGCUCUAUUUGUUUCUUGUAUGAAAGGAGUUGAUAUAAUACGGCUGACUAUUUACUCGAGCCAUUUUUCUA